UUUUUAUGUUGACAGUGACAGAUUUACUUAGAAAAAAUCUGUUAUUUAUUUUACUAGGAUAGUUAAUUUUUAAGACAAUAAUAGGCUCUUUAGAAUAAGCCUCUUGUUAUAUUUUAGAAUAAUGGACAAAAAUCCCCAAGAUACACUUGACCAAGAUUUGCAAGAGGAAGGCCAGUUUGUCGUAGACGAUGUUAGCAAAAUUAUUAAGGAUGCCAUAGAAACAGUGAUUGGAGGCAAUAGUUAUCAGCAAAAUAAAGUUAACGGCUGGACAACUGCGGUAGUUGAAGCUUGUACGUCUGAAUUGACCAAACUAAUGAAACCGUACAAAUAUAUCGUAACUUGCACUAUAAUGCAGAAAAAUGGAGCUGGUUUACAUACGGCUAGCUCAUGCUAUUGGGAUAAUAACACCGAUGGCAGUUGUACAGUACGCUGGGAAAAUAAAACCAUGUUUUGUAUUGUAUCUGUAUAUGGUUUAGCUAUAUAAAGUUGUUUUUAGAUACUCUGUUGUAGGUAAAUCAAAAGGCUUUUUGACUGUUAAACACUUAGCAUACACAACAAAUUAUAAUUUAAAUGUUUUUUUUGCUGACUAAUACAUACGUUAAGAAUUCUUUCUGUGCUACUAAAUAAAUAACUUAAUUGUAAAGACCUUUUGAUGCUAGAAUAUCAUUAAGCUAUGCCUUAUAGAUUUAAGUUUAUUAGUUUUAAGUUUUUUUUUACGAUUAUUGUAGGUAUUUUUAAGUAAAUUAUUAAAUUCCACAUAUUAUUUACUAAAUAAAUUUAUUAU